AUGUCUGCCCUGCCCGUGCUUAACUUGUACCACGUUUACGCCCAAGACAAGCCCGGCGCGCAGCGUGCGAAGCACAAAGCACAGCACCUUGCGCAGAAUACGCCCCACAUGCAGAGCGGGUUUAUCCGGGUCGGAGGCGGGCUUCUGCCCACCGAUGUCAAGUCGACCGAUCCCGGCGCUGAGGAAAAGAUCGUCGGCUCGUUCAUCGUCGUCAAAGCCGAGAGCAUCGACGUUGUAUGGGACACACUCAAGAAGGACAUCUUCUACACUUCCGGCGAGGUGUGGGACCUCGAUAAAGUAUGCGUCACGCCGGUGUUCGUUCCUUUCAAGGAGGCCAAGUUAGCCUAG